AUGUCAAGCUCAGGAAGCGACUUCGAUGAUGAUGAUGACGAAUUGCUACAAGCUUUAUUACAAGGUGAAGCUGAUGUACAAGACAACCAAGUGAUUCCGACUCAAGCCCCAGUUCCAACACAUACAGAAAUUCAGGUAGACCCAUUUAACCAAACUGAACAGCAAGCACGGUUAUUUAGAGCAGAUGGUGAAAUCGCAAUUUUACGUGCCCAAUUGCAACAAAUACAGCAACAAAAACAAGAUGAGAUCCAACAGUUGAGAGAUUCCUACGCGUCUCUAAAACAUAGUAAUGAUGAACAAGUUAGUGCAUUGAAGCACGCGGUUCAGAAACUUGAAGAUGAGAAGAAGUUCUUGAAUAAUGAAUUGUUGGCAGCUUCCUAUAGUCAUAAGAAACGUAAAAUGGCAACUGACCUACAAGUAUCAGGCAAAGAGGGUGAUAACAUAGAUGGAUCCAAGACACAAGUGCCGCAGGAUGAUUUACAAGAAGCAACCCCUCCGCCCACUGCACUAUUGGUUAGACCUAUUCAAAAAGUUAUCAAAAUAGCCAAUGAUUCAGCACUACUUACAGACCAGCUUUGGAAUCAUUGUAUACCAGGUAGUAAGCGAACCUCAUUUAAAUGUUUAAGUAAAAUUUGUGCAGACUUCGAUAUACACAUGGAACGUCUUGAAAUAUUGAAGCGGACGUCAUUCUCAUCUUCCAUAGUGGAGUUCUUGCUGCUAAGAAAGAAUCACCGGUUAGAUCAAUUGUUGGAAGAAUUCACAUUAACUAUGUUGGACUUGAUAAAGAUUCUACUAGAACAUAAAGCAAUUCUUCUGAUACCGUUCUUAUUUUCCUUGGUACACUGUGCAAUUAGUUUUCGACCAGCUGCAAUGUCGGUUGAUUUGAUUACUAAAUUGUUACAAAAAUCGUGUGUUUUGGCUCAUGAAUUAUCAUACUUUGUGAAUUCCAAUCAAGAUGAGGACGACCUAGUGAAUUAUCAUGAUGUUCCUUAUCAGAUAAUGGUACUUGAAAAAUUCAUUUUCUUAUGCUGUUUGGAUGUUAUAGAAAUGCUAUUUAGUUUAUCAUCAACUCAUGAUUCCAACUCAAUCAAAUCAAUUUGGCAUGUAUUUCCUUUGGACUUAUUUCAGCUAUGUCUACCUAACAAUCCUGAAAGGUUUAAGAACACUGCACAAAUAAACUUGGUAUUUAAUAUAGUCGAGCUGUUGAUUUCUUCAAUUACUGAAGAUUCGUUCGGGUUUAAUACUGACUCCUUGGAUAAGACGGUAAUCGAUUCGUUAUUAAAAGUAUUUAUAAUUGAAAUUCCUUUAAAGGAAAACUUUAUGUUCUAUGGGUUGAAUAGAAUUAUUGGCAAUAAUACCGACUACCAAAAGAUCGAAACAAUGGUCCCUGUUAAACACGAUUUCUUAAACAAUUACCAAGUCGCCAUACCGCUGCCCGUUCCAUUUGAAUUACAAAGGAUUGAGGAUAAGCAUGUUCAAUUUGAAUUAAGGAGCAACCAUGAAUUCCAUUUACUUAACCUUCGUGUGAGAAUCGGGGAAUUGUUGGAGUCAUUAGUAGUCACCAAGGAAAAUAUCAAUUUCUUAACAAGUAAAGAGCACUUUAAAUCAAUGAUCCGUAUUAUUGGUUUUGAACAGAUCUAUAUAGCAAGGUCACCAAGAUCAAAAUAUAUCUAUUUAAGAAUUAGAAUUAUUGCGAUCUUAGUUCGAUUGAUCAAAUAUUUAAUUCAAGAUGUACGUGAUGUCACUGCCUUGAUUUACCCAGAGACUUUAAAUGAAUUAUACGUUGUGUUACUGAGAAUCGCAUUCGGAUCUGAUUCAAUAUCACUUGACGCUCAUAAGAUGUUACUAAGAAUACGAACUAAAGGUUUUGUGAAAGAACCAAUAUUCAAUCCAUGGUGUGAAGAAAUCGCAAGGGAUUUGAACCAUAUAACUCCCGCUGAUUUCAAUAAUGGAAAGGUUAUUGCCGAUCUUGAGAGUGAUUUUGCCAAUGGGUUAGAAUUCCCAUAUGAUUCAGAAACAGUUGAGUUAUCUAGGGAAAUAUUGAACGGCUUUGUCACUCAUGAGGAAGCUGACAAUUUGUAUUUUAAUGUUAAUAAUGAAGAUGAAGAGGUUGCAUCAAACUUUGAUGAAAUGGAGUUGGUUGAAUAA